CCUCAGUCCCCAGUCUUCACUUCUUCCUUUGUUUCUCCUCUCCUUCAGCUCAUUCCCAUUUCUUCGGAGCUCCUCUGCAAGUCGACUGUGUGACCCGAGUCACUAUUCUUUACUUACUCGUUUGUUUCUUGCUUGAUUUCGUUUGACAACUACUUUUCUUGCUUGGUUCUUACUUCUUGCUCUCUCUGCUGCCGAAAGUGUGAAGAGUUGUGAAUGGGUUGGUGAGACAAGUAGUGAAAGAGCUUGAUUUACGGUGGGCAUAUGAUGAGGAGGGGAGAGAGAGGGAAAGAAGAAAGAGUAGAAGAAGAGACAGGAAAAGGUUAUAUGGACUGGGAUUUGAAGACGCCUUCGUGGGAUUUAGCGGAAUUGGAGAGGGAAGCCAUGGCCCCACUGGUUGGGUCUAGUAACUUUGGGGGCCAGAAGUCUAAAGGGGAUUGCUUGGUUGAUUUGAAGCUUGGAAGGUUGGGUGAUUUCGGGGAUGGUUCUUUGGACAAGUCGAAGGACCAGAGGAUCUCGACAAUGGUGUCAUCAUCAUCAUCAUCAUCAUCAAGUUCUUCGAAGAGGGCUCGGGCGCCUGGUAAUGUAACCCAGACGGCGUCGUGUUCGGUUGAUGGGUGCACGUCCGACCUUAGUAACUGCAGAGACUAUCAUAGGCGCCAUAAAGUGUGCGAGGUCCACUCUAAGACACCGACGGUGAUGGUAGGAGGCCAGGCGCAGCGCUUCUGUCAGCAGUGCAGCAGGUUCCAUGUGUUAGCGGAAUUUGAUGAGGUGAAGAGAAGCUGUAGGAAACGUCUUGAUGGGCAUAACCGGCGACGAAGAAAGCCUCAGCCAGAAUCCCUGUCUGUGAAUUCUGGAAACUUCUUGUCCAAUCACCAAGGUUGUUGCCAUUUACCUAGUCCACAAAUAUUUCCCACAACUUCUGUAGUGAGUGCAGCAUGGACUGGGGUGGUCAAAACUGAGGAAGAUGCUACAAUUUGUAACCGCCACUUCAUCAACAGACAAAAUUUAUUUGCUGGGUCCUUCUCUCACAGCUACAAAGGAGCGGGGAAGCAAUUCCCCUUCAUGCAAAGUAAUGCCACCACACUAUCAAAUCAAAAUUGCCCAGAUGCUUCUGUUUGCCAGGCACCUCUUAAUACCAUUGCCUCAUCACAGAGUGAGGGUGGUAGGAAAAUGUUCUCCAAUGGGUUAAGUAGAGUCCAUGACUCAGAUUGUGCUCUCUCUCUUCUGUCAUCACAGUCAACACAGACUUCAGGGGUCAGUCUGAAUCACAUGGUGCAUCCGGAAUCCAUCCCUAUGGCUCGGCCGCUAGUUCCAGGUCUGCAGUACAGUGGUCUAGGUCUGUAUUCCUCAGGGGGAAUGGAGGAUGAGCAGAUGGGUUCAGUUUUGGUUACUGAUGCCGGUGAUGCUGAGCUCCAUUGCCAGGGGUUCUUUCAUGUGGGAUCUGAUGGACCCUCCCAAAAUGUGGGACAGCAGACACUCCCUUUCGCUUGGGAGUAGGCUAAACUCCGGCAGUUGUCCCAAUUUGUGAAAUGGUUCAAGUAUUCCAUAUAGUUAAAAGAAUUCUUUUUUCCUUUCAAUUGUUAAGUGCUUAAGAUGAUUCUACCAUAACAUGUACACAUAUUGUCUUCUAGUUGGAUUUAAGCAUAAUGUCAAGGUACAUGUUUGUGUGAAUGAGGGGACCUGUUCAACCUUAAUUUUAGAAGAUUGUUGUAAUCCAAAGGGUUCAAUUUAUUGAGUUGAUCUUUUGUCUCAUUUU